UGUUAUAUUUGUUUUUCAUUAAAUCUUUUUUAGUACAAGUGAUUAGGGAGGGGGUUUUACACAAAUAUUCAUUGGGUGUCUAGGAAUUUCGAACUUCUGUCCACAUGAAUGGAGGUGAUGGUGAAGGGUUCAACAGCAAAGUCCAUGAUUGACGUAGGUCCUCCACUAUAUAUGAUCAAAGUAUCUUUCGUAAUCCAGAAAGAAAUUAUUUAUCUUCAAAGUUCAAAACAGAAAGAGACGUACAUACUGAAGCCCAUAACAAAAUUCUACACUGGGCAUUGGGAAGGGAGAAAUGGAUAAUAGGAUAUGGUGAUGGUGAUGGUGAUGUUAUGAUUCUCCCUCCCAUUUCCUUUUUUCUAUAUUUUUAUUUAUUUAUUUAUUUUAUUUUAUCAGAUUAUCCCCUCAAUUCUUUUAUAUAUUAUGAACUGCAUAUGCAAGCUACGACUGUCCAACUGCCAACUGCAUUUUUUGAGUACUUUGAAAGAGAGAGUGAGAAGGAAAUGGCAACGGUUUUUGCAAGAGGGGCACAAACCAUGAACACCAUAGUUUUCAAACCCAUAGGUCGAAAACAUUUUCAUAAGAACAGCUCUUCAGCGGAUGUGAUUCGUGAGACCAAGAAGUUUGAAGGUGAUGAAGCGAAGCACAAGAACCAUAUGGGAGAAAAUGAUAGCAAUUUAUGGGUCCCCCAUGAGAGGACUGGAAUUUAUUAUCCCAAAGGCCAAGAGAAAGUGAUGGACGAAAUUUCUCCAAGGGCUGUUAAGGACAUGGGUGUCAAUUGGUUUUCAAACAAUGAAAAUUAAUUGGUUAAUUAAUUUAAAUGCCUAUAAUAUGUUGUACAAAUCAAUAAUUAUGUGGUUUUUCAAUCGGCUUAAUAUGUAAUAUCUUAUUUGUUAAGUUCUUAAUGAUGCGAAAUAA